AGUCCCAAAAACGAUCGUCGUCUAGAAUAUGGAAACGCGUCAUCUCACUUCCCCCUCGAACUCUCUCCUCCUCCUCCAUCGCUCCUCCUCCCACUAAGGAAUUCCCCCCAAGAAUCUCUCUCUCUCUCUCUCUCUCUAGCCUCGCGGCAGCUGCUCGGAAUCCAUGGCUUCCGCCGCCGCCGCCGCCGCCGCCCGCGGCCGCGGCCGCCUCUGCUGCUCCUCCUUCUUCGUCCUGGCCGACUUGGCCUUCUGCUACUGCCUGAUCGCGGCCUGCCUCUGCGUGUGCGGCUGCGACGGCGCCGCCGCCGCGACCUUCGGCUUCGACAUCCACCACCGGUCCUCCGACCCGGUCAGGGCGAUGCUGGGCGGCGCCGGCGAGGACGAGCUGCCCGAGAGGGGGAGCCCCGGGUACUACGCCGCCAUGGCCCACCGCGACCGGCUGGUCCACGGCCGCCGCCUCGCCGCGGCGGACGACCGGGCGCCGAUCACUUUCGACGCCGGGAACGCGACCUACCGGCUCAACGCGUUUGGCUUUUUGCACUACGCAAAUGUCUCUAUUGGGACGCCAAGUUUAUCAUUUUUGGUGGCACUAGACACUGGGAGUGACCUGUUCUGGAUACCCUGUGAUUGUAUUAGUUGCGUGCGGGGAUUGAGGUUACCAGACGGACAGGAAAUAGAUUUCAAUAUCUACAGCCCUGAUGCAUCAUCAUCGAGUACAGUAGUUCCCUGUAGUGGCAGUUGCAGGAAGCAAUUCAAAUGCUCUGCCACUUACAACCAAUGUCCUUAUCAAGUUGUUUAUGUCUCUAAUGGUACUUCAUCUACCGGGAUUUUGGUUGAAGAUGUAUUGCAUAUGACAACAGACAGCAAUCAAUCAAAAGUAGUCACUGCUCAGAUAACGUUUGGAUGUGGUCGUAUUCAAACUGGUUCCUUUUUGGAAGGUGGUGCACCGAAUGGUCUAUUUGGUCUUGGCAUGAACAACGUAUCAGUUCCUAGCCUUUUAGCUAAAGAUGGGCUUGCAGCGAAUUCAUUUUCUAUGUGCUUUGGGCAUGACGGCAUUGGGAGAAUUAGUUUUGGAGGCAAAGGCAGCUCAAACCAAGGGGAAACACCAUUUAUUGUUAAUCAGUCACAUCCAAGUUACAAUAUUACUGUCACACAAGUCAUCGUGGGAGAAGAAAUUCGUGAUCUUGAAUUUAGUGCUAUUUUUGACUCUGGAACCUCAUUUACAUACUUGAAUGACCCAGCUUACACCCUCAUUUCCAAGACUUUUGACUCCAGUGUCCAAGAGAAAAGGCAUCUUUCAGAUUCGACUAUUCCUUUUGAAUAUUGUUACAACAUAAGCAAAAAUCGAAGCCUCUCUCAUGUUCCUGUGUUGAACCUGACGAUGAAAGGUGGAGAUAACUUUCAUGUUACUGAACCUGUAGAGUUGAUCCCUGUGCUGGGUGGAUAUGUCUAUUGCCUGGCUGUGGUGAAAAGCGGCAAUGUAAAUAUAAUUGGACAAAACUUCAUGACCGGCUAUCGUGUAGUUUUUGAUCGUGAAAGGAUGGUACUUGGUUGGAAGCCCUCCAACUGCUAUGAAGUGAAUGACGCAUCGAUGUUGCCUGUUGACCCAAAAAACACCACCCCUAUUGCUCCUGUUGCCUUCAAUCCAGAAGCCACUUCAAGUAGCGGCAAUGGUAACAAUUCAGCGGUGCCGCCGCCUGUGUUCAGUUAUUCAUGGCAUUUGCAUCCUUCUACAUGCGUAUUAAUCACUCUUGUUUUUCCAUUUUUGGCCAUUUUUUGAUUCUUUUCCAUUCCGAGGCCUUACUCGAUUCCUAGAGGAUUACUUAUUCAGGGGCAUACUGUCUUAGGUAGAAACAACAAUUCAGGUAAACUAUAUUAACUUCCACUUCUAGGAUCCAAUAGCAGAGCUGUUGUGUGUAUAUAUAUGUAUUCAUCUAUUAGUAAUAAGCAAGAUGAGAUUGUCACAGCGUUUUGUGGUUAAGGAUUGCCGUUGUUAAUUUAGGUUUUUGGAUGAGUUGUUUUGUUAUCUAAAUGAUAUGAUGUUCAGAAAUGUGACUGAGACAUGGUUUUCUUGCGUCA